UAUGAAGAAUCAAGAAUGUAUUAUAUUUUUGUGGCACUUUUGUGAAUAGAAAAUUAGAAAUCAUAGUUAGCUUAGAUAAGAUUGCUAAUCACAUAUUUCUUCAAAUGUUGUUUUGCUGAAUUCAUAUUUUAGGGUCUUCAAUUCUUCAUAGUGUUGGUGAUUUAAUCAAGAAAGUAGCUUAGAAAUUUCAGAGAGAUUGAAGAUGAGAAAUGUUCUGUUUUUCGGCAUCUCUUGUAGAAUAUAGUGCUAGAACUCAUGCUGAGAAGACAUUGGUAUCCAAAGACAAAAAACUGAAAAUGGAAAGAGAUGAAGUAGUUAAAAUUAAGAUCAUCCCUCCACCUGGCUGUGGGAAGAAAAUCUAUGAAAUUGAUCCACUUUUGCUCACUCACCGCGACCAUCUUGAUUUCCGUUUCGGACGAUACUUGAGAUUGCGAGAGGAUAUCGACAAGCAUGAAGGUGGCCUAGAUCCAUUUUCUCGCGGCCAUGAAAAUUUUGGCUUUAGGCAGAGUGUCACAGGAAUUACUUAUAGAGAAUGGGCACCAGGAGCUAAGUCAGCAGCAUUAAUUGGAGACUUCAACAAUUGGAAUCCAAAUGCCGCUGUAAUGACUCCGAAUGAAUUUGGUGUGUCGGAGAUCUUCUUGCCAAACAAUGCAGAUGGUUCGCCACCAAUUCCUCAUGGAUCUCAAGUCAAGGCCCCUCAGAAGCACCAGAAAUAUGUUUCUCAUGUUCUUGGUCUCCCCAUGUCAAAGGUAGUGUGCAAAACAAAGCGAAUUGGUGGUGGAUUUGGGGGGAAGAAGACAAGAUUCAUUCCUAAGCCAUUCACCAAAACAGAACUCAAUAUCAAGUGUUUCCUAACUGAACAACAACAUUCACACAUGUACGAACAUUGA